GACCUCAAUCAUUUUUAUGCAACCUUGCUCACAACAGGGGUUAUAUAUUGCCCCUCUCUCACUCUCUACGAAGGAUCACUACUAUCAAACUUUUACCAGUGGAUAUCUAAGAAAGCUGCCGACAAAAUGAGCUCCUUUUCCUUGAGUAGGGUUACGUUACAGUGCGUCAGGAAAGGGUCACAGUGUGGCUUGUUUGCAGCAAGGACCAGUAAUUUUAGACCAGGUACAAGAUAUGCCAGUCAGACCACGUCCCGGUCCAGUGCCCUCCCCCCUCCCCAUGCCUGGUUCCUCCUGUCUAUCCCUGCUGCAGCCUUCGGGCUGGGCACAUGGCAGGUCCAGAGGAGACAGUGGAAGUUAGACCUGAUCAAAGACAUGGAGGCCAGGACUAACCGAUUGCCUGUUCCCAUACCUACUGAGCAACUGGAGCUUCAGACAAUGGAGUACAGACCAGUCAAAGUGAGAGGCAGUUUUGACCACUCCAAGGAGAUGUACCUGUUACCCCGUUCUCUGAACACCCAUGACACAGGAGGGGGGAUGGGAGCCAGGGCGCAGUCAGGGGCUCAGGUGGUCACACCCUUCCACUGUGCAGAUACAGGGAGGACAAUUCUAGUGAAUAGAGGAUGGGUGUCCAAGAAACAUAUCAACCCAGCAACAAGACCAGAUGGCCAGGUUACAGGAGAGGUAGAAGUUGUUGGUCUAGUGAGGCUGAAUGAAAAGAGAGCACCAUUUGUCCCAAAGAAUGACAUCGCACACAACAGAUGGCACUUCAGGGAUGUGGAGGCCAUGGCCCAGAUAACAGAAGCACAGCCUAUCUUCAUAGAAGCAGUUGGAGGAAGCACAGUGCCAGGUGGACCCAUAGGAGGGCAGACUAGGGUGCAACUUAGAAAUGAACACAUGCAGUACAUCCUCACAUGGUACUCAUUGGGCAUCUUGACUGCCUUGGGAUGGUACUGGACCUACUUCAAGAAAGUGCCAAGAUAAGGGUGUUUCCUGUAUAGGAGAAAAGUGACUGAUAGGCAGGAUCCCAACCUUCUGAAUGACCAGCAACUUUCUGAGGCAAAUAUUUAUGCAUAAUUGUAUCCAAUAAAGUGAACAGUGUAGGUAUUUAAUCAAACAUUGCCUUUCUCCACUACGACAAGUCAUGUAUAUCUACAGAUAUUUUCAUAAAUUUAUGGAUACAUUUAUAAUUUA